CGGCACAGCAAUUCUGGAGAGGCGUGCAUCUCUUCCAUGCUCUCCCUGCUCGCUUGCUCCUCCACCGCGCUGACUCUCCCGCAAGGCGACGCCGUCACGACGAGGCGCGCCGCCGUCGCCGGCGCCUUCACCACCGCCUUUGCUGCCGCCUCGCCGGCGCUGGCCGCCAAUCCGAUCUGGAAGCCCUACCCGAGGAAGCAGGGCCUCGCGAGCGACGUGCCAAAAUCCGUGCAGAAGGGCUGCAAGGUGGACAAGCCGUGCUCGAAGGGCGCCGCUUUCCCGCUGUCCGACACGGACGCCGGCGCCCGCUACGCGUACCACAUCAAGGCCAAGUGAGCCGCCCGACGCGCCCUUGGCGCGGGCCCCGCUGCGUCCACCGCCGCUGCCAAGCACGGCACGCGGUUCUGGGAUCACGGGCUCGCGCUCUGGGCGCACAAACGGGUUGAGUCUGCUUUCCCUUUUGCGCACUGCCCGCACCUGCACUUUUGGGUGUGUAUGAUGGGUCGCCGGUGCGUCAUGCUGUGUGGGGAGCGUAGCCGCGACAAAUAUGUGCUCAUGAGAGAAAUCUCGAC